ACUCUCAAACUUUCACUCUCAAAUUCUUCUUUUUCUUGCGCUCCAUGUGCUCCACUUAAUUUUGAAAGAAUCACAUCUCUAACAUUGGAGAAAAUCUUUUGAGUUAUCUCCAUAAUAGUGACGGCAAUUACUUUUUAUUCUUUCUUAAUUUUCACUUCAAUAGUAAUAAAUAUAAGAGAAUUUAUAUUCAAUACUUUUCCUCAUAAUAUUUCUUUUGCAAUUUUCUAAAACACAUAUAAUAGCAUUUUCAGAAAUUUUAACAAAGUAAAUGAGACCUUAUUUUAUAUUCCACGUGAAUUAUUAUGUACCUAACGACUUACAAUAUAUAUGGGUCCUAUAUCAUAAAUAAUUGAUAUACGUGAUAGUAUAUGUUUCUGAUAAGUGUUUUGGCUUUAUGAGUUGAAUGAAAAAUGCCAAAAUGGCUUCUGCAAGUUGUGUUACUAACACUGUUUAACUCCUCUCUUAUUCAUGUCCAAAGUUCUCAUGAAAUUAAAGAAGAAGAAGAUGAAAUCAGCAAAUCUCAAUUCCCAAAAAGCUUCCUCUUUGGAACAAGCACUUCCUCUUACCAAAUUGAAGGGGCAGCAUUUGAAGAUGGUAAAGGUUUAAGCAACUGGGAUGUAUUCAGUCAUACACCAGGAAUGGUAAACAAUGAUGAGAAUGGUGAUAUAGCUGAUGAUCACUAUCAUCACUAUUUGGAAGAUAUCAAAUUGAUGUCCUCUCUUGGGACAAAUGUAUAUAGGUUUUCAAUUUCAUGGACUAGGAUUCUACCUAAAGGGUUAUAUGGGGACAUAAAUCCAACUGGGAUUAUGUUCUAUAACAAUCUUAUUGACAAUCUUCUACUAAGAGGGAUUGAGCCAUUUGUGACAAUUCACCAUCAUGACUUGCCACAAGAGCUGGAAGACAGAUACGGCGGUUGGCUUAGUCCUCUAAUUCAGAGAGAUUUUGUUCAUUUUGCUGAAAUCUGUUUCAAGAGUUUUGGAGAUAGGGUUAAGUAUUGGGUCACCAUCAAUGAGCCAAAUCUGAUUGCAGAUUUUGCCUAUUUGAGGGGAGGAUACCCUCCUAAUCACUGUUCUCCUCCUUUUGGAAACUGUCCUACUGGUAACUCUGAUGUUGAGCCUCUCCUUGUCAUGCACAAUAUGUUGCUGUCACAUGCUAAGGCUGUCGAAUUAUACCGCAAGCACUAUCAGGAAAAACAAGGUGGAACGAUUGGCAUUGUUGGACAUACCUUCAUGUAUGAACCUCUUAGAGAUGAAGAAUGUGAUAGACAAGCUGCAAAAAGGGCCUUGGCUUUUGUCAUAGGUUGGUUCCUAGAUCCCUUAGUUUUUGGUGAGUACCCUGCUGAGAUGCGCUCUAUUCUCGGGAACCAGCUGCCGAGGUUCUCACCUAAGGAGAAGAGUCUCUUAAGAGGCAGCCUGGACUUCAUUGGCAUCAAUAACUAUGGAGCUCUCUAUGCCAAGGAUUGCUACCUCUCUGCUUGUCCUCCCGAAGCAGCUCGUCCAAUAAAAGGCUUUGUGGAAACAACUGGUAUGCGAGAUGGCAUUCCAAUUGGUAAUCAGACAGCAAUGCCAAGGUUCUUUGUAGUUCCAAAGGGCAUGGAGAAGAUUGUAGACUACAUAAAGAUAAAAUAUAAUAACUUGCCUAUGUAUAUUACCGAAAAUGGAUAUUCUUCACCACUCAACGAAAGUAUGACAAUGCAUGAUAUACUACAUGAUUUCAAACGGAUAGAGUAUCAUAAAGUUUACCUUGCAGCUUUGCUUAGAGCCAUAAGAAAAGGUGCAGAUGUAAGAGGAUAUAUGAUAUGGUCAUUGCUUGACAACUUUGAAUGGAAUAAUGGAUAUCAUAUAAGAUUUGGAUUAUAUUAUGUGGAUAGACAGACACUUGAACGAAUUCCUAAACUUUCUGUUCAAUGGUUUUCUAGUUUCCUCAAGAAUACUAAUGAUUCCAACAUAGAAGACUUUAGCAGGAAGUAUAGAAGCAAAUAUGUGACAACAACUGCUGCUGUCUAAGUUAUUUUAAACUCAUUAUGUAAAUCUUUGUCAAUAUAUUGAUAACUGUUAUGAACAUACUAUUUAUUAUCAUGGGAGUUUGGUAGGAUACAAUUCUUACCUUACUUUAUAAGCCGGUUUUGUAGGGUUGAGUUACCUCAACUUCCAUUUUAAGAAUAUGAUGUGAUAGACUAUCGAAUGUGUAUAAUGAACACUGAGAAUCAGAAUAGUUACUAUUUUCUGUUUCUAUGUGAAACUUAUGCCCCAUCCAUAAUAGGGCUUAAUUACUUGGGCCUUUGGGCUUACGCCUAGUAUACACAUGUUUGAUAGGAGGCUUA